AUUUCCUCUGUUCCAGUUUAUUUGCCAUCGCUUCCAUCUCCUUCUUUCGGUCUCUUUUCUUCUUCAUUCUCACCCAAAAAGUACUUCUGCUUUGCUUAUCCCGAUCUUGCUGCUGUAUUGAAGCCCAGUUUCUUACAUCAAUCCCAGAUCUAGUGGUUUGCUUAGUCCCAAUCGAUAAGUAUCUCUUUCUUUGGGUCUCUUUUCUUCUUCAUUAUUACCCAAAAAGUACUUUUGCUUUGCUUAUCCUGAUCUUGUUGCUCUAUUGAAGCCUGGUUUUCCAACAUCAAUCCUAGAUCUAGUGGUGUGCACAGUACCCAAUCGCUCAGUUUUUCGACAUCAAUCCCAAAUGCGGUGGUGUGCAUCAAUCUUUAACCGGUGAAACUGCAUGGACCCCAGCUGCUGGUGCUGUUUUUCCAGAUUAGGAUGUGAGUGAAGUAAGGGUUGAAGAUGCUGUUGAUUUAGAAGAAGGAAGUGGUGAUUCUGAUGAGGUGAACAUCAUGGCUACGUGAACCCAAAGAAGCAAUGAAAAAAGGAAGAACAAAGAUGGUAGUUCAAGUAACCCUAAAGGAAAGAAAGUUAAAUUGGGGGGAGCAGCAUACAUGCAAAGACAAUUGGAUCGUCUUUGUGAUGUAGUUGAAAGUUACACCAAAGCUAGUUUAACUGAAUCAUCAAGGAAGAAUUAUAAAGAUGCAUCUAUUGAUAGCGUUGGAGAAUGCAUGGAUAUGUUGUUGACUUUGCCUAGGAUUGAAGAUGGUGAUGAAUUAUUUAUGUUAGGUACUUGUUUGUUUGUGAAAUAAGAAUAUAGAAAUAUGUUUAGGAGCAUCAAAUCUGUUAACUCUAAAAUUUCUUAGCUAAAACAUGAGUUGGAGACAGACAAGGUGAGGGCUAAGUUGAAUAGGCAAAAAGUUGGUAAAAAGCACUAGGAUGAACGAGAACCACAAAUUCAUCUGAGUGAGAAUUCAUUCAACAAUAUAAGCAUGGAAGAGUGGUGGACUAAUAUGAACUACAAAGUAAAGUUGGCUUGAGUUUAGAAGGCACACUUGAUAGUAGCAGAAUGGGCAAUCCACACAUUUUGGUCAUACCUUAUCCAGCUCAAGGUCAUGUGAGGCCUCUCUUUGAACUCUCACAAUUGUUGGUCAAAAAUGGCAUCAAAAUCACCUUCGUGAACACUGAAUUUUCACAUCAACGAAUCAUAAAUGCAUUUGGAAGCAAGGUAAGUGUAGAUGGUUCAAUUCGUUUUGUCUCACUUCCAGAUGGGAUGGGUGUGGAUGAGAAUAGGAACCAAAUAGGGAGAUUACUUGAAUCUAUCUGCCAAUUUAUGCCCAUGGAGUUGAAGCAACUUAUAAAUGAGAUAAAUAGAUCAAAUGGUGAUGAAGUUACGUGCAUAUUGACUGACAUGUCUAUGGGGUGGCCGUUAGAAGUAGCAGCAGAGCUGGGAAUAAAGGCAGCGGCUCUAUUCCCUGCAUCAGCAUUAUCUUUAGCCUCAAUGUUUGCCGUCCCAAUGAUGAUUGAUAGUGGAGUUGUUGAUGAAAACGGUACCCUACUUAAGCAUGAGAUGAUUCAAUUGUCCUCAGAAACUCCUGCCAUUAACCCAUCACAUUUUUCGUGGGUAUGCAUCGAGGGCUUCACAACCCAAAAAAUUGUAUUUAACCUCUUCCAGAGGAACAUCAAAGCUAUAGAGAAAGCAGAGUGGUUGCUCUCCAAUUCCACGUAUGAACUAGAGGCUGGAGCAUUAGCCACCAUGGCCCCAAAAGUCCUACCCAUUGGCCCGCUUUCGACAUAUGAGGGAGUUGGAACUUUUGCUACAAAUUUCUGGCCGGAGGAUAGUUUUUGUUUGAAAUGGCUUGACAAACAACCACCACGCUCAGUCAUAUAUGUUGCAUUCGGUAGCUUCACAGUUCUUGAUCAAACACAGUUCCGGCAAUUGGCAUUAGGGCUUCAACACUCCAACAGACCAUUCUUAUGGGUUGUGAGACCAGAUAUAACGGAGGCAAAAGAGGAAGCAUACCCAAAAGGGUUUCAGGCUAGCGUGGUAGAUCGUGGUCAAAUGGUGGGUUGGGCGCCACAACGAGCAGUUUUGAGUCAUCCUUCCAUUGCUUGCUUCCUAAGCCAUUGUGGUUGGAAUUCAACCUUAGAAGGCGUAAGCAACGGAGUCCCUUUCCUUUGCUGGCCUUACUUCGCUGACCAAUUCAUGAACGAGAGUUACAUUUGUGAGAUUUGGAAGGUGGGAUUAAAAUUGGAGAAAGAUGAAAGUGGGAUCAUCCGACAAGAAGAGAUCAAGAGCAAGAUGGAGAAACUAUUAGGCGAUGAAAAUCUAAAAGCGAGGGCUAUGGAACUGAAGGAAAAAAUUAGGACUGGUGUCAAGGAAGGUAGCUACUCUGACAAGAAUCUCAAGAGUUUCAUUGAAUGGGUGAAGUCGUAGGCAAAGUUAUUAGUAUUUUGAUUUCCUGAUUUCCUCUGUUAAGGAAUAAGGAGAUUCAUUUGCCUUAGUGAGUGAUUGAUCCAAUAAUAUCUUUAAUUAUGAUUUAAUUAUAAUAUUAAUGAGUAGAUUAUAUUUAGGAUAUUUUAAUGUAAUUGAUUUAUUUUUAUAUUUGUUUACCUGAAGUCUAUAUAAAGACUAUUAUAUAAGCACCAAUUUGGUGCUUUUAAGAUUUGCAAUGAAAUGGAGAAAAAAACUAGCUUAUGAGAAAUUAUAGCAUUUUUCACUAGUUGUAAUGUUUAGUGUAGCUUAUGCUUUUGAAACCAAGUCCUUCCCAUAAGUUGCACCAAACAUGCCUUUCAUCUUUGGAAUGGGUGAGAUCUAGUAGGAAUCCCACACAUUUAAGUGCUAACACAUUGCA